AUGGCAGUGUUAAAAAGUGUUUUUUUAAUGGUUACUCUCUUCUUGGCGACAAGCUGCGCUGCUCCAACUAGUGAUACUGAGGAGGUACUCAAAACCCCACCGGAGUGUGUCGGUCAGCGUGUCUGUUCCACCAGACCUGAAGGCUAUGAUCUACUCGAAGAGAAGAUCAACAGUCUUUUGCCGGAGGUUCUCUUAAAGGAUUAUGCCGACAGAAAUGGACCAGAAACUCGCCUAGAGCCACCAAAGCUAUCUCCCAAGAGCGAUUGGCACAAUUGCCCGUACGAAACCAAGACUGAACCGUGGUAUGUGUAUUACCGUGGUGAAAACAACACCAAAACCGAGAUCAUUGUGCAAACCAAACUUUUUCAACAACACGUCGAGAGCGUUGUUUGCGCGUAUAAACACAUUGACGCUGACAGCCAUGUCCAAUGUUUCCAAGACUUGGGUGUAAGUGAUGCAUUCGGCAUGCGUUCAUCUUGCGUUACUACUACAGCUACACGUACCUUGUACGUGUUCGAUGUCGAGAAAAAUGUAGUCAUCCAAAAACCCUUCGAAGUUCCAGCCUGCUGCAAAUGCAGAGUCACGUAUACGUAA